AUGGUGCAUCCUGUAUAUUUGCUAUACAGGGAAGAUGAGUUUUCUCGGAAAAUCUAUUAUCCUUCUAUAAGACGCUGUGCGGAUGAAGACAAGGUCUUGGCGGAGGAAGAGUAUCGCAUCUUAAGGGAACAAGUCCAUGAGUCCGAGGGGUUUGACAUAGAUUUCACCAAGUUCCGCUGCGCUUUCAAUUACCUACCUGUUGCUCUCGAUGGAGACGACGAGUUUGGUGGACCAGGAACCAACAGAGAGUUUAUGGACAGGCUGUCUUUGGGUUCCCUAGAGAGAUUCAAUGAAACUAAUAGUACAAAAUAUGAAUUUGACAAGGUUAUCAAAGUCAAUCAUCACUUAUCUGCUGGCAUGAUGUUUUACAUUACCUUUCAAGCUAAGCUGCCCUCCGAUGAUGUCUCUAAAGAGUUCCAAGCCAGGCUCUGCUAUUGCAGUGGUACCCCUGAUUAUAUCUUAUGCCAACUCAAACCUGAGAAAAGAGUUCACUCCACUGAGGCUGCAUAUAAUUAA